UUAAAGCUCUUGAAAAUAAAAAAGAGAAAGAGAGAUUGAAUUGUUGGUGGGAAAACGAAAAGAGUGGGUGUUGAGAAGUUAGAGAGAGAUCCGAUCAACUCAUCAUAAACAAAGCAAAAAAAUAUGAACGACUCUCCCGAUACAACGUUUACUAGUCAUCAUUUCAUUUCUAUGAUCACUCAAACAACUGAUUUCCGUUUCAAAACCAGAUUCAUUCUUAAUCAUAUACUUCAUCAAUAUCUCAAUCCCAUAUCGACACGGUUCCUGUCUUCCAUCUUUCGUUAAGCUCUGGACAUUCCUUUCAUUGUUUACAAGGGGGGUCAUUCUUGAAUCCGAAGAAACAUAAGGAAACGCAUAAUUGCGGAUUUCAUACAUACCGGGGAAAGAAAGAUGAUUGGAAGCGAUGCAGGUAAUCCUGUAUUUCCUGUAAUGUUAGCAGGAAAUAAACUGCAAUAUGGUCUCGAUGCGUCUAUGCAGCUGCAAUUGUACGGGAAUUCUCCAGGAGGUUGCGGUGUUGAUCCAAUGAAUUACAUGGUAAAUGGACAAGUUUACGCUGGAAAUCGUCCAAUUAAAAGACCCAGGGAAGCAGAAGAUUCUUUCAGGAAGCAGAAACAUCAAAUGUGCUUGAAUAGUGAUAACUUCUAUCAAGAUGAAAACAAUCGUUCCACCAACUAUAUAAUUAAACAGAAUCCUGUUUCGACUGGGUUGAAGCUAUCUUGUGAUGAUGACGAACAUAAAUCCUCGGUUACAUCGGCAAGUGGUAGUACAAUGCAAAACCUUCCUGCCAUUUUUUCCCUCGGCGACAAUGUGAGGAGUGAAAUUGACAGACAGAAGGUGGAAUUCGAUCAUUAUAUCCGCAUCCAGGAGGAACAAUUGGCGAAGGGAAUUAGAGAAUUGAAGCAGAGACACACGGUAUCAUUCCUUAAUACUGUAGAGAAAGGAGUAGGGAAAAAACUAAUGGAGAAAGAAAUCGAACUACAAAAUAUGAUCACAAGGAAUACCACUUUGGUUGAAAAGAUUAAGCAAGUGACAACAGAAGUCCAUUCUUGGCAUUUCAAGGCAAAGUACAGUGAGAAUACGGCAAAUGUGCUGAAGAGCAACCUUAACAUGGUCAUAGCUCAGAGUGCGGAGCGAGGGAGAGAAGGAUGGGGAGACAGCGAAAUUGAUGGUGCAGCUUCCUCUUAUGUUGACCGAACCAAUCAUUUAAACAUUUGUGGACGAGUGAAAUCUGUCUCUACGAACAACCAAGGUUUAAUAGAGCAGAAGAUGACCUGCAGGGUUUGCAAGAGUAGUGAAGUUUCAGUCCUGUUGAUGCCUUGUCGGCACCUUUGCUUGUGUAAGGAUUGUGAGAGGUCUGUAGAACUCUGCCCUGUUUGCAAUUCAGCAAAAAACACAAGUUUGGAGGUAUACCUGUCUUGAACCACAGUGAUUGAAAGCCCUUGUUUUCAGUUCUGCAUUCCGCCCCAAGAUUUUUGUAGGAGGGCAUUAGAAAAUUUGACUCAUAAUGAAAUCCAAAUUAGUAGUAA